CGCAGAUAGCUGCGUCUGCUACAUGAAGCCUGUGACAUUUGGCAGGUGCAUCACCUAUUGUCUCUUUAAUUUAUUCGGCUAACUGGAGGGUCUCUGUGAGGACGCCAACUGAGCUUUUAUUAGCAGCAUCCAGGAUUAUGAGGAUGGCUCCUACGAUCAGGGAAGGACAAGAUGACAGACGAGGAAUACUAAUGCAGGUUAUCACGACUGUUUCACUCUCCAUGACCCCCUUCAACAUGGCGGCGUCGUGGGCGUUCGGUGGCGUCUUCACCGAGCAGCUGACCUCCGAGGACGCCGACCUGGCGCUGACCGCGUCGCAGGUCUCAUGGAUCGUAGCAAUAUUCAACAUUGGCACCAUGGUAGGCUUCAUCACUUCCAGCUACGUCAACCCGCUGCUGGGCACGGUACGCCUGGUCCAGAUCUUCUCGCCACUGGUGGCCGCCUUCUGGGUCAUCCUGGCUGGCCGGGUGCUGGUCGGCGUGUCCAUCGGAGUCUGCUUCGGGCCUUCAGUCACCCAUGUCGGCGAAAUCUCGUCAGUGAACGUGCGCGGCUACCUAGUCUCCUUCCUCGUCGUGGGCAACUGCUUCGGCAUCACGUGCGCCUAUCUCUUCGGGUGGCUGCUGGGCUGGCGACACUCGUGUCUGGUUAUCGGCAUCGGGCCAAUGGCACUGCAGUUCCUGACGUCACUGAUGUUUCCACGUUCGGCCAGAUGGCUCGUCUCCAAGGGACAUCCGCUGGAGGAGGCGGAGCGAUCGCUGCGCUUCUACCAUGGCCAGAGCUAUGACGUCGACAAGCAGAUUAAGGACAUCAAGAAGUCGCUGGGUGAUACACACAAGCAUAACGCAACGCUGCUGCAGGUGCUGCGUCUGCUCAAGCACCGGCACAACCUUAUACCGUUCUCCCUGAUGCUGACCCUGUACACAUUCUUUGUGUUUUCAGGCGGGCUGACGGCCACCUCCUUCGCGCCAGUUGUCUUCAAAGAAGUGGGAGGCUUCACCAACCCGUACCUAGGCUCUAUCCUGCUGGGGGUGGUACGAACAAUCGCCACCGUUUUCUGCGGCAUCAUUCUGGAGCGAGUCAAACGAAAGACGUUGCUGAUGAUGAACGGCAUAGUUGGGGCGGCAGCCUGCCUCAUUGCUGGUUGCUACUUUUACUACAGCAAGCAGCUGGCCGACUACGGCUGGAUUGCUCUCGUCUCCAUCCUCGUCAUCGUCUGCUCCAUGUCCGCCGGCAUCAGUCCUCUGAUGACUGUCAUGCUCUCUGAACUGCUGCCUAACACCAUCCGUGCCGAGCUGAGUGGCGUGUGCCUGCUCUUCUUCGGAGCCCUCAACUUCGUCAUGGCUUACUCGUUCUCAAAGACUAUCUCCAGCCUGGGAAUGUACGGUUUGUUCUGGUUUUUCACCACGAUGCACGUGCUGAUGUUCUUCUUUGCUACUUUCUUUUUGCCGGACACGAAAGGAAAAUCCAUAGAGGAAAUACAAAAGCUGUUUGUGAAAAACAUCAACGCUGCAAAUGUGCCAGCGCCCAUCAAUUUGGAAGAAGGAAGAGCGUGCGUCUGUGCUGAAACUCUCGAUUGCACGUGCCACGGUAUCCCUGAAGAGCAUGACACGACCGGCUUUGAAAUAUGAGCGAGGCCUUGAACGCUGGCCCGCGCAUGCAUGCAUUUCAUUUUAUGAAUGCCUAAAUACAAAGGUGUGCGUCCGUUGCCAAUGUUUUUAGCACCCGAUGCUUCCUACUUCCUGAACGGAGCACAAGUCGCAUCCGAGUCCUCGUGUUUGGAGCCCGAGACAAGUUUAGCCUACUCUUAUCAACUUUCACGACUCCAAGUCGUCCUUAGAGGCUGAGUGCAAGAACGAGUCCGAGUCCUUGGAGAAUGAGUCGGAGUUAGAAUCCGCUUCUGGGCCGUAAAGAUUUGCAUAGCAGUUCUCUGAUUGUGGCAUGAAUGAAUAGAAGAAAGAUGGCUGAGGGCAGAUUUUCUCAUCAAACGUCACUUACAAGUUAAUGAAAUACGUCGGCCAUCUUCGCCUAAAACUUUGCGGGUAGCGAUUGUCCAGGGUGCCAUGGAAGUUUGCGCUAAUAUACAUUAAGCCUGAUCUCACUGUGAGCUAAUCAUAACUUACUGACGUCUCUGAAUUAGCGUUAGAAUUGACAAUUCGACGUGGGCUCUGAGCAAUAAAAGACAUGGGCUGAUAAACUAGACUGUAUAAAACUUCGUGACCGGCUACAACUGCAGUACUGUCUAGCUCAAGCUGACUCAUCAACACCCAAGUUUAGUUGAAUGCAAGCGGGACCAAGUAAAAUAGCGCCUACGUCCAACUCAUUCCAACACAACCAGAGAGGAAUGACAAAACGUAUAGACCGCAUUAAAUAAUUUGAACGGAUGUGAUUUCCAGCUAAAAUGGCCGCUCUGGCCUCUACAGUCUCAGAAUCAGUGUCAUUCGCUGUAACUUGAGUCGGAACUCGAGCCCCAAUCCAUGACAUGUGGGUCUGUGUCUACAUCUUUUCAAACUGGUGAGCCAAGUCUGGCUCAUCUGUAAAACGAUUGGUGUAAGCUGAGCCGUACUCUCAAAAUUACACGAGUCACAGAGCCGAAGAGGAUUCGAAUUCCGUCGUCUAAGCCCACUUACGACAGGCAAUCCAGGUUGAGUACAUGUGAAGUGACUAUGCAGAAUGAUCAUUCGCUGCCAAACUUUCUUCAGGGUAAGAGCACAAUGGUGCAAGGUUACAUUUCUUCACGAGCGCGUGUUCAGACAAGAGGGAUCGCCUGAAUCCGUCAUGAAAAGCUAAUACAAAACACAAGACAUAUCAUAGCCAUCAUCCUUGGUUCCAUAUUCGACUGGGCUACAUGAACACUUUAAUGAAAUAUUCAUAUCAUGCUCUUGU